AUGGACAAGGUUCAAUCCGAUUUGGUUAUGCGGUAUAAACUCGAGACUGAAUUCUUUCAGGACCAUGUCCGGCACACAAGAUGCGUGGAAAAGGCGAAAAAUGGCAACAAGAAAGUGAAGGAGGAUUGGAGCAACUGCGGGGAACUCGGCAAAGGAGGUUUCGGCAUCGUCGAUAUGCAGGUCCAAAAGGCUACUGGCCAGUAUCGCGCAGUAAAGACGAUUGUGAAGAGGUCGGCCACCGAGUUCGAUUAUUCUAGGGAGCUCCUUGCGAUGGCCAUAUUGACAAAGGUUCGUGUUCUCGCUUAUGAAUGGCUGCUCCCCAGUUUGUCACACCUAUCGUAUCCCGUAUCGCGGUCUAAUUUUUAGCUGUUUUAGUGGCCGUCAUUAUUCGUCGAAUUCCUGGGAUGGUUCGAGGAGCCCGAGACUCUAUAUAUUGCCAUGGAAUAUCUCGAGGAAGGCGACCUUGCCGGGCAUCGCGGCGGAUCGCUACCGCAAGAAAUCGUCCGUGAUAUCUCAAAGCAAAUACUCCAAGGUCUAGAAAUAAUGCACCAACAGGGGAUAGCUCAUCGGGACCUAAAGCCGGCGGUAUGAUUAUUACCGUCAAACACCCUGUUUGACCAUAUCGCAUGGCAGAAUACUAACGGGUGUAUAGAACAUCUUUGUAGUUUCUAUGUCUCCAGUCUGGGUCAAACUGGGGGAUUUCGGAAUAUCGAAGCGGAUCCAGGCUCAGGAUACAACAUCCUUCCACACCCGGGUCUCGACUCCUAUGUAUAGCGCUCCCGAGGUUCUGGGUUUGGACUCCAAUAGCGAAACCUCGGAUUAUACGAACUCUGUUGACAUUUGGUCCCUCGGAUGUGUGAUAUAUGAGCUACUUGUAGGGGAAAGGCUAUUCGUCUCGGACUGUCAAGUAUUACGGUACUACUUGGGGAAGUGGCGAUUUCCCGAAGAUAAAUUGAGAGGGCUAUCGCCCCCAACAGAUGAUGCCGGAGUCUUAUUACUGGAAUCUAUGCUCGCAAUACAACCCGAGGAUCGCCCUACGGCGGGAGGUGCACUGCGCCAUGCGUGGUUGAUGGGUCUU